AUGGCAAACGGCUCUCAGAAUGGCGUGUCCCGAAUGAACUCUCAUCCUCAAUACUAUCUCCAAGAUGGUAAUAUCACCUUCCACGUUGAAGGGACUCUGUUUCGUGUCCACCGACACUUCUUUGAGCGCGAAUCGCAAUUUUUCAUUCAGGAAUUUGCAAAAACUCCCCAGGGGGGAACUUCCGAUACCAGUGCAUUUCGACUUGAUGAAGUCACCGCUGUCGAUUUUACGAAAUUCUUAUGGGUCUGGUAUAGUCCCUCGUACAGACGCGGAAGCCUGAGUGAACCAAAAGAGCAUUGGCUCACCAUACUGGAGCUCUCGACAAAGUGGCAGUUCCUAGAUAUGCAGAAGCUUGCCAUCGAUGAGCUCGAGAAACUCGAUAUAGAACCCAUUGAGAAAAUCACCACGUACGACAAACACAAGAUCGACAAAUUGCUCCUCUUGCCUGCAUACAAACUCCUAUGCAAGCGGACGACCCGAAUAACCGAUGAGGAGGGUGAGAAACUCAAAGUACCCACCCUCCUCAGGAUAUUCGAGGCUCGUGACCGUGCGAGGAGCGCAGCGGAGGGCAGGCACCUGACCUCCGCUGAUGCAGACAAGGAGUGGGACAGGAUUUUGAUUGAAGUGUUCGAACUCAACAGCCAUGCUACUAAUCAACAGGGCGCGCAGUCGCAGACAAAAUCAGACCCAAAUUCGAAGCCGAAUCCAAAUGGGAAUGGAGCCGCCAAUGGCCAUAAGCCGUCUGGAUCAGGCUCCGUAAGUGAAAAUCUUUUGCUCGAGACCGUAUGUCGUGGGGCUGAUUGA